AUGGCAACAUCAAAUAUUUCAUCUCAACAAAGUAAUUUAAUUGAUUCAUCAUCAAAUCUUCUUCCUCAUCAUCAACCAAUAAAUUCACCAAGUCCUUUAAUAUUUCAAUAUAAUCCUUUAACAAAAAGAAAAAUUUUAAAUUCUUAUGAGAUUAUAAAAGAAAUUGGUAGAGGAGAACAUGGUAAAGUUAAAUUAGCUCUAGAUUUAAUUAAUAAAAGAACAGUUGCAAUAAAAGUUAUAAAUCGAAAAAAUAAAAAAGAUAGACCAUCAUUAAAAUUAAGAAGCGAUUCUUCAUCUCCUAUAAAAAAUGAUUAUGAAACAAAAAUUAAAAGAGAAAUUGCAAUUAUGAAAAAAUUAAAUCAUAAAAAUAUUGUUAAAUUAUAUGAAGUAUUAGAUGAUUUUAAUUCUUCAAAAAUUUAUUUAGUAUUAGAAUAUAUGGGUAGAGGAGAAAUUAAAUGGAAAAAUUUAAAUUCAAAUAAUCAUAAUAAUAAUAAUCAUAAUAAUAAUAAUAAUUGUAAUAAUAAUAAUAAUAAUGUUGAAGUUAAUAAUGGAAAUUGUAAUAAUAAUUUAAAUAAUGAAAAUAAUACAUGUUUAGAUAAUAAUAUACCAUGUUGUGAAAUAGAUCAAGGUCAUUUUAAUAAAAGUUUUGAUCAAGAAAAUUUAUUAUCUGAUAUUUAUUCACCAAAUUUAACUUUUAAAGUUUCAAGAAAAAUAUUUAGAGAUGUUUUAAAUGGUUUACAAUAUUUACAUUCUGUUGGAAUAAUUCAUAGAGAUAUAAAACCUGCAAAUUUAUUAGUAUCAGAAAAUAAUGUUGUUAAAAUUAGUGAUUUUGGAGUUUCAUUUGCUUCUAAAUUAAUUGAUGAAGAUGAUAAUUUAUCAGGUAGUGAAUUAGAUUUAGCUAAAACUGCUGGUACUCCUGCAUUUUUUGCACCUGAAUUAUGUUAUAUUGGUAAUGAAGAAAAAACUCCAAAAAUUAAUUAUAAAAUUGAUAUAUGGGCUUUAGGGGUAACUUUAUAUUGUUUAUUAUUUGGUAAAGUUCCAUUUAAUGCAGAUUCAGAAUUUGAAUUAUUUAAUGUAAUAGUUAAUAAUGAAGUUGAAUUUCCAAAAGAUAUUAAAAGUUUUAAUUCUCCAGGUAAAGUAACAGAAGAAGAAUUUGAAUUAGCAAAAGAUUUAUUAAAUAAAAUGUUACAAAAAGAUAGUUCAAAAAGAAUUACAAUAAAAGAAAUUAAAGAACAUCCUUUUACUUUAAUGGAUUUAGAAGAUGAUAUUGAAGGAUUACAUGAAUUAUUAGAUAUAAAUAAUGAAGAACCAUUAGAUUUUACAUAUGAUGAUAAAGAUAUUUUUAAAGAUGAUGUUGAAAAUGCAAUUAUAGGAGUUGGAACAAGAAUUAAAAGAAGUUUAGUAAAAGCUAUAAAAGCAGGAGGAUUAAAAGAUUCGGAAAUUAAAAAUAAAUUUUCAGCAUUACAAAUGGAACAUUCUAAAAGUGGAUCAAGUGAUGAAUCUUCUUCAAGUUAUUCAAAUUUUAAUUCAAGUAAUAAAUUAAAUAGUUUAGAUAAUAAUAAUCAUUCAAUGAUUUUAUCUGAACAACCAAUAUCACCGUUAAGUACUGCAACUGUAACGAGACAAGGAUCAGAUUUUAAUUAUACCCCAUCAAAUUUAUCCCAUCAACAAUUAUACCAACAACAACAACAACAACCACAAGUACCACUACAAAGACCUUCUUUUUCUCUCGCUGGUUCUAGAGAUGGAGGCAAAAGUUUAUUGCAUGAUAUGAUUGAUUCUCAUAGUGGUGCACCAAGUCGAAGAGGUAGUGGGGCUGGUAUCCCAAUAGUAGAAGCACCACAAAUUGAAACAAAAAGAAAUGUUGGUGGUAAUUUAUAUUUAAAAAAUCAAUCAAUAGUUGAUACUUUUAAAGAUAUUCAACAACAAGAUGAUAAAAGAAGAAGAUCAAGUUUAUUUUCAACUCAUGGAGCUUCAACCAAAAAUUCUAUAUCUCAUGAUAUUCCACAACAACAGCAUGACAAAUCUCAACAAUUACAAAAUUUACAACACAAUCAACAACAUCAACAACUACUAGCAUCACCAAAAGAACCAAUAAUUGCAACUCCAAUUCCUGUUCCAGCAGUGAAACCUAAUUAUCAAUUUAUAAACGAAGAGUAUAAAAAAUCCACUAGUAAUACCAACAGUAAUGACGAUUCUGGAUUUUCACCAAAGGGAGAUAUAGCACGUAAUUUAUUACCAGCACAUAUAGAUGAAGCACUUGAUGCCUCAUUUAUGUCAUUACCAUUAACUGAAAGUUUUGCAUCAUUAGAUAGUAUAAAUGAUGAUUAUUUAAAUUCAAAAUACAAAGAAUUUACAAGUCAAGAUCAAAUAUUAAUUAAACGAAAACCAAGUCAAAAUCAUGCUACUGAUCUUAGAUCACCACAACAUAAUAAUAUAGAACAAAAAUUCAGGAAUUUUAGUAUUGAAGAUUCAAUGCAAAGUAAAAAACAAAAAGAUGACAUUGUGAUAGGUCCAAGUAUGAAAUUAACAAGACAAUCAAGUUCAGAAUCAUAUUCAUCAUAUUCAUCAGGUUCAGAAUCACCAGAUAUUAAAGAAGGUAAAGUUGAUGAUGAAGAAGAAGAAGAUGCAGAAUCGGAUGAAGAAAAUUUAACAUUAGCAUUUCAUUCAAAAAUUAAUCCACCAGGAAGACCACCAUUUUUAUCAUAUAAUCAAAGAGCAAAAUCUCAUGAUUCUCAUUUACCAUAUUUAUUAAGUCCUGUACAAAGAAGUAACGAUAUAACACCAAUAAUUUUUCAUACUGGAUCACCAGAGUUUGAAGAUGUACCUCUGGGAUUAUUAAAUGCAGCACCAGCACCAACACCAGCACCAUCAAAACAAAAUGGUACACUAAGAACAACAGUAUUAUCAUCAAAACCUACUGCAACACCAUCAAUUACAAAAGAAUCAAACACUCCCAUUAACAGUACUACUUCACAAAGUGCCACUAAUAUAAACACAAACACAUAUACAAAUAAUGCAGCAGCUCCAAAACCUACAUCAAAUAAUGUUCCUUGGUGUACCAAAACUCUAUAA